AUCUAUAGACACCUUGACAGCCAAAUCAAAACAAUAACAUAACCCUAUUUUCAAGCAUUUUUAUUACGCGGUUAUUUUCCAGCAUCUCUUUAUUGUCUUUGCUCGUGGGGAUUUGCAUUUUGCCUUCCACCGUCACAAGAACAAUGUUAUGAAAUAGGAUUGCAACAAACUAUGUUUCGAUAAAAAGAAGUUAUUCGGAGUGAACCGGUUUUUUUUUUCUUAUAAAUCAUCCGCAAAUUGUGAUGUUUGUGCGUAAUGCUUGUGAAGCGUUUGUUAUGUUCCUACACCAAGGCAUUCAAUCGAUUGCAUCGAGGUGCGAGCGGUAAUCAAAACGCCAACUCCCUCGACUACAAUGUUACGCCGUUCUGUGGAAUGGCAGUCGGGCGGAGCUUUAGCUCCGAUGCACAUCAUCCACCCGAUGACGGACAAAAGCCGGUAACAGUUUCGCUGUACCAGAUGAAGAAAACAAUCAAAGGCGCCAGUGCGAUGCUGGGCGAAAGCUUCGAAGGUCCUACCUGUAUUCAAACCGUCUGUCCGGUGUGCCAUAUCGUACCGGGUGUGGAGGGCAAAGUCGCUACCGACACGGUCCGGUCGAAGAUAUUCGUUAACAAAACGACGGGCAAUUUCACGUGCUCGUCCUGCCAGUAUCUUGGCCGAUGGGAUCACAUAGAGAAGUUCUUCCCACCGUACAGUCGUGCACCGAAAACGGUACAAGAGCUGCGGAAACUGAGGGAUGCUUUUUUGGAGCUGAAGCUCGAGCACGUGGGUGUGGUGUGUCCCGUUCCUGGGGAUACAGUGCCGGUGGAUUCGCUCGAAGGCGCACGCGAUGUUAUACGGUGUCUGCAGUUGGAGAAUAUAAUUCCUGAGGCAUUAGUGAACGUGAAAGCUCAUUGGCACCGUGAAAAUCAUGAACUCUUCAUACCGAUGGUAGAUGUUGAACAUCGCACAAUCGGCUACAAGAAGCUACACGUGGGGUCGGACGGAGAAAUUUGUGAGCGCACUGUACCGGAAGCGAAUGCCAGCGGGCUCAUUUACCUAAGAUGCUCCCCGUCCAACGCGGGAACGAAGGCCAAAGACCAAAGCCAAAUUAAUGCCAUACUCGUACUUAAUGUGCUUGAUCUACUCGCGCUAGGCAGUGUGAAGCUCAAUGCAACGGCCGUAUGUCUUCCUCAUGGACUAAAAACGCUCCCCCAACAGUGUUUGCCCGGUUUGGAUCGUUUUCAGCGACUUACGCUAUGGUUCAACUACGACACAGCUGGCUGGGAUACGGCUCGCAACUUUGCCAAAAAGUUGGACGAACGAAGGUGUAUGUUUGUGCGUCCUACGGACCACCAUCCUACGCCGUAUAAAGCGCUGCUGGAAGAAGCAACGGAACCGAAGGCAAUCCUGGCGAAAGCACAACCCAUCCUACAUCAAUCCAUCACCACGUUCCGAGCGCUGCGCCAAGACGUGCUGAGCGAUUUGCAGAACAUUGACAAAGUGCAGGGUGUUAAAUGGAAACGCUAUCCUACGCUCAAUAAGCUUCUUAAGGGUCACCGUAAGGGAGAGCUAACCGUACUGACUGGGCCAACUGGAUGUGGUAAGACAACCUUCAUGUCGGACUAUUCGCUCGAUCUGGCGCAGCAGGGAGUUUCCACGCUGUGGGGAUCGUUCGAGAUUCGAAAUACGCGACUCGCCGUAACGCUGCUCCGACAAAUGGUAGGCCGUCCGCUGGACGAGAACCUGGCAGAUUUUGAGCAGUGGGCAGAUGCUUUCGAACGUUUGCCCAUCUACUUCAUGACCUUCCACGGGCAGCAACCGAUCAAGAUCGUGAUGGAAGCGAUCGAGCACGCACAGUACGUGCACGACAUCCAGCACGUGAUCAUCGACAAUCUGCAGUUCAUGAUGGGUGUGCUGGACGAGACGAAGCAUCUGGAUCGGUACUGGAAGCAGGACGCAAUUAUAGCCGCAUUCCGAACGUUUGCCACCAGGCGCAACUGUCACGUGACGCUGGUGAUCCAUCCGCGGAAGGAGCGAGAUACGGACGAGCUGACGACAAGCUCCAUCUUUGGCGGUGCGAAAGCAUCCCAGGAAGCGGACAAUGUGUUGAUCAUACAGGACAAACGGUUGACGUCGGUAAGGGGUAAGAAGUAUCUGCAGAUAGCUAAGAAUCGGUACAGCGGUGAUCUCGGUAUAAUGCCGCUCGAUUUCGAUAAGGCAAGCCUUAGUUACGCUCAGCGCAAGAAGAAACCGGAAGGUGGUGAUGAUGGUGGUGGAGCCACAGAAGCACCCGCCAGCGAACCGAUUGAUCGGACGGUAAGGAGAGCGUUCUAGUGUGUUGCAAGAAGAAACACCACCACCACCAACCCAGUGUACAGAAAGAUAGUGUGUAGUGUAGUUUGAACCCGUUUCGAAACAGAUUGCAUUUCAUCGGCCAAGAGUACAGUGAGUCAUAAAUAUACAGAGGUAAAAUUAUC